CAAACGGCAAGUUCUCUUGAAACCUUACCUUACAAUAUAAAGCUCUGAGGAAGGAAGGUCUGUUGAGGAGUAACACGAUGACGCAGACGCCCUUCAUCGGGAAACUCGCAAUAUUCUUAUCCUUCUUCGCCUGCGUCAGCUGCCUGACCUCCGCCACGGCCCCCGGCACCGUUCUCCGCUUCCGCUCAGGCUCCCCCACCUUCAAGAUCGUCCUCUUUGCAGACCUGCAUUUUGGGGAGGAUGCCUGGACUGAUUGGGGCCCUCUUCAAGACGCCAAUUCCUCUCGAGUCAUGUCCACUGUCCUCGACCUUGAGAAUCCAGAUUUGGUAGUAUACCUUGGAGAUGUGAUUACGGCAAACAACAUUCCAACAGCCAAUGCAAGUUUGUAUUGGGAUCAGGCGAUCUCUCCAACAAAAGCCAGGGGUAUUCCAUGGGCCAGUGUGUUUGGAAAUCACGACGACGCACCAUUUUCGUGGCCGAUCGACUGGUUUUCUGCUACCGGAAUUCCUCCACACCGUUGCCGGGACGAUGCUACCUCGUGUUCAG